AUGGAUAUGAUUCUGGAAACGAAGCUUUUAUAUAAAACACAAAAUAACAAUGAGACCUUCAAUUUGGAUCAUUGUUAUGCAGUUUUGGCAAAAGCACCCAAGUGGAUUAGUCGCUUAGAAGGCUCCUCAAGAAUACAAAAAGCCACAAAUGAACAGUUACUGGCGGCCAGGGCUGGGCAAAGUUCAGAGGAAGAGGAUGGCAGGCUCAUAUGUCGCGCACAAAGCAAUACCAUCAACCAAAGGAAGAGAACGAUUGAGGACGCUCUUUUUGAUCUGAUCGAUAACCAAAAGAGAUCCCGGGUCUCUGACAACAUGAAGGCCAAAUUCCUCCAGGAUAUGCUCGAUUUUAAGUAUAUGACGGUUGACACGGAAACAAUCACGGACCCAACUAGACGUCGUUUCUUUUUGCUGAAGCAAGGGUUAGCCCUUCGCCGUGCAGAAAAAGAUGCCGAAGAAACAGAGGAUGAAGAUGAUCUUUAA